GUCCGGCCGGGUGUAAUUCCCCCGUAAUCCCCACCACGGCGGCGCUUCCCUGGCCGAGCCAUGUCUGCGGCUUCCCCGCCAUGCCGAGCCUAGCAGGCAGCGGGAGGACUGGCGAGCGGGAGGCGCACAAAAUGAAGACCCUGAUGCGCCACGGGCUGGCCGUCUGCUUGGCGCUUACCACCAUGUGCACCAGCUUGUUGCUCAUGUACGGCGGUAUCGGUGGCGGGGGGGGUCGCCCGGAGCCGCGGCGGAGGCAGCAGCAGGUGGCGGCGGUGCCCAGUCGCCCGCCGGGACGCGGCCAGCACCAUCCGGCGCUCCCCGUCGGGGCGGGCCUCCUGGAGGGCUACAUCAGCGUCCUGGAGCAUAAGCCUUUAAAAAUGCAUUGCAAGAGCUGUGCAUUGGUAACCAGCUCUGGACACCUUCUGGGAAGUAAACAAGGUGACAGAAUCGACGAGACAGAGUGUGUAAUACGAAUGAAUGAUGCACCUACUCGAGGUUAUGGAAAAGAUGUUGGGAACAAAACGAGCCUUCGAGUCAUUGCACACUCCAGUAUUCAGAGGAUUUUGCGAAAUCGCAAUGAACUCUUAAAUAUGAGCCACGGUGCCGUGUUUAUCUUCUGGGGUCCUAGCAGCUACAUGAGGAGAGAUGGUAAAGGCCUGGUGUAUAACAACCUGCAGCUGAUGAACCAGAUACUUCCUCAAUUGAAAGCAUAUAUGAUUUCUCGCCACAAGAUGCUUCAAUUUGAUGACCUUUUUAAACAGGAAACUGGGAAAGACAGGAAGAUAUCCAACACUUGGCUUAGCACGGGCUGGUUCACAAUGUCUAUCGCAUUAGAGCUCUGUGACAGGAUAAAUGUUUAUGGCAUGGUGCCACCGGAUUUCUGCAGGGAUCCUAAUCAUCUUUCAGUACCUUAUCAUUAUUAUGAACCUCUGGGACCUGAUGAAUGCACAAUGUACAUGUCACAUGAGCGGGGACGGAAGGGCAGCCAUCACCGUUUCAUCACAGAAAAACGAGUGUUUGAGAAUUGGGCACGGACAUUCAAUAUUCACUUUUUCCAACCAGACUGGAAGCCAGAACCACUCACUGUAAACCACCCUGAGAUUAAACCGGUGGCCUGAGGGACAAAUGCACACGACCACAACCACAGUCACCUUCUCUAUCAGCCUUUGGGGUGUUGGACCUUCUAGAAUGGCAAGGCAACCUCUAGGAGAAGGGUGUCGGGAUUUGCAGAUGAUCACUGCAACAACAGUCAGGAAGUUAUGAUGAAGGAGCAGAGCAUACCAAGAGUACUUUCUGUCGAGCUGUGUGUUAAUCCCAUACAUAGCCUUUUUUGGCAAUCUGACUUCCUGUAUGUGUAUGUGAUUUGUGAUAAACAACUUGAGCAUCAUUACAGAUGGUUACAUCAUUAUGGUUUUUUAAAGUACAAUGCCACUGAAUUUUCAUAGUGAAAACUUACAGUAUUUAUUUAAAGAAGGUUUUUAUGCAACCUAGGCCAGUAUUUUUCUAAUUCACAGUUAGGUGGUUGUUUAUCUUUCAAAUCCAAAAUUAAUAUUGCUGAUGGUUUGAAAGGCCUAGCUUUUUAUUUAUAAAAUUUGUUUGAAAAAUUCUAUAUAGCAUGUAAUUAAUAUCUGAUCUGCAAAUGUUGCAUUUCUUUUUAAAAACUGGGGCUCUAUUCCAGCCUAAAGCCUUUAACAGCAAGAAUGGUCCCAUGUGCAGAUCUAGCUAACUCUACAUACUGAUGUCCUAUGUUAAUAAGAAAACGGUAGUGAAAAUUCUGUUUGAUAUUAAUGUGCAUUUGCUGCUGUGCUGUCAAGCUGCUGUUUUUUAAUUAGGGGUGGGAGGAAGGAGGGCAAAAUUUAUCCAAAAAGAUCACUGGUAUAGCAGCAUGCUUUUCAGUGAAGGCUAAGGCUGGAGGGGUUGUGUUCUUUUUUGCCUCUUUAGCAGUGCGAGAGGCUGAGGAAGCAACCCUCCUGAGGGAACAGACUACAAAACAGGAAACACCAUGACCAAAUCUCUGAAAUCAAGACAUUAAACUACCAGGUUCUACAAUACCAGCCACACUAGCAAAAAGAAAAUAUUACAACACUGCAGCUGCAAACAUCCCGACAUUCCAGUGGUUCCAAGAUCUCCACUGACCUCUGAGAUCCUGGAUUGUGUUCAAGAUGGGACGUGAAAAGAGUUUCAUGAGUACAAAACUGUCCCCUUGAAAAAAAGCAAAGUUACAUUUGGCAGUUCCUUCAUGAAGUACUUGUGCAUGGCAAGCCACAGGAUGGACAAUGAGAGUGCUGUAAGUGGAGCCUCACAGUGUGAAUUACUGGGUUACAUUACUUCUUGUGAAUAAAGAAGAUUUCAGUUAAGCUAUUAUUUUUCCUUUUGCCUCAAAAACACUGAAUCUCUAAUUUCUUCAAAGUAAUUGGUAGGAGUUAACUAUUGCAUGAAACGUUAUACCUCAGGUGACAAAAAGUGUCUCCUAUUAGACAACUACUAAAGCUAGAACAAAAAUACUACCUUAAAAUGUCUAAAUCCAAGAAGCUGAACCUUAGAGGUGAUACGCAGAACUGGGACCAAACUCACUAUCAUUUAAACCCACUUACAACCCACAAUCUUCCCAAAACUGGACAGCAGUAGCUGCAGCUACCCUACAGAUACCCCGAUUCUCUGGGGACAAAGUGAACUGCUCUGUGAGUGGCAAAAAAUACUACCCCUGUAACACUGCCUGGAACGGAAAAGCAGGCCUGCAAAAGCCACUCUCCUUGCUGCAGCCCUCCACACUAUAAAAGAGCAAGAAACUAAACCUUAUUUUGCCUUAAAAGCUGUCUUUCGGUGUUCUUCCUGGUACACCCCUCUCGGCAUACAAACUGAGCACAAAGCUCUACUAUUGCCAAUUGCUUAUAACCUGGCUCUUGUCAGCUGGUGUUUAACUCUCACUCUUACACUGAUGUUUUAGUCCUUCCACUUGAUUUCACAACAUUCUACAAAAGACAGAAUGGAUUUCGAACUAAUGGUAAGUUGAACAUCCCUUUCAGCAUGCGUACUGGGGCGUGCAACCAGCAUAUAUUGCUCAAACUGAUGAACUCUGUCAGACUGAUUACAGAUAAUUUCUAAUGGGACUGCAAAGAGAUCGUACAAAUCAUAGUAGGUCCUCUGAUGCCACUAUCCUUUUGUUAUU